AGCAAAAUUAACAAAUUUGAGGCCAGAUUAAUGUAUUAGUAUUGAAUUAUACUGAUUAAAAAAACAAGUAAACUGUAGGAACAACUUUCCGAUACACUGCUGCUAUGUGAAUCCGACAUUCAAACCAAGUUAGACAGACAGAGAGACACAGAGCCAGGACUUGACAUGCAGGAGGAACCGAGUCGUCCGAUGAUCAUAGUAGUGAGAGGAAAACCUAGCUCACGCCCUGGAAGAAGCAAAGUAGCCACCCAACUAGCCAAUUACCUUAGGUACCCCCUCUUUGACCAAGAUGAUCUCGCCCCAGCUCUUCAGGACUCCCUUCCGUCCUCUUCUCUCCAACCCCCGCAGUCUGCAUCCCAAAACAAUCUUAGCGACUCAUCUUUCAAAAUUUUGCAACAGAUUGCCUCAGCUCAGCUCAGGACUUCGAAACUCGGGGUUAUCAUCAACUCGCCCCUCACUAAUCACUUCCAUCUCGAUCAAUUGAAGCAGCUGGCAAAUUCUCAAGGCGCUGAGUUGAUGUUGAUUCAGUGUCAACCCCCGGAUGAGAUCGAUGAUUAUGAUGUAGGACAGCGAGGUCGUAAGAUCACGGUUGACACCAACGAGUUCCAUAUGGAAGAAUUUGUUUCUGAACAUCUACUACGUGUACGUCCUUUACCCCGAUCGGUAGCCUUGCAACCAAACAUCGGGAAACUUAAUAUCCCAAAAGGUAACCUCGUGAAAACUCCAUCUCUGAGAACUGCCAAAAGAGUAACAGAAAGAAUACCUCUCCGACACUUGCACGCGUUGACCUAUAAGCCAAAGAACAAUGAAGGCGGAGCACUCCACUGCAAAUGCUGUCAAAAUGAAAUUUCAGGUCCCUUUUAUCAAUGUCUUGAUUGUGACGAGUACAUCUUUGAUAAAGCCUGCGCUGAAUCCCCUGAUUUAGAUCAAGUUCGACAAAACUGCCCUGAUUAUCUUAAAGCAAGGGAACCCAAGGAGUAUCGAUUUUCAGAGAUAUGUAAGUGCAACAUAUGUGAAGAAAAGAAAUUGUCCUUCCUGGAUUGUCACGAUUGCCUCUUUCAAACCAACAUGAAAAGUAAAUUCCUGCCAAUUGUUGUUAACCAUGAAUCGCACGCACAUCCCCUUAAUCUUAUUAUCAUGCCUCCUUCUCUUAACUAUGAGUUUGGAUGUUGUGGCUGCGGUGAAUUUGGCAAGUCCAUUAGCUACAGAUGCUAUGAUUGCAACUUCAAUUUGCACGUCGGUUGCGUUUCAUUACCACGCACUGCUUCUAGUAAACACGAUAAGCAUACUCUUAGACUUACCUACGAUGCUCUUGACCAUAAUUACUGGGACAAAAGUUACUGUGUAGUUUGUAAAAAGGAAAGAAACCCAGAGCAAUGGUUUUACUUUUGUCCAAUAUGCGACACCGUAACUCACAUCGGUUGUGCCCGUGCGACAGAUUAGUCAAUUGCAUGAUCCAUCGCAGUGCAAGGUGGUUUCUCGGAUUGCUCUUUCAAUCAUUUUGGAGCUUGGAACCGUGCAUGAUCAUUGCAAAUUAGUACUAUAUAUGAGUGUUUAACUAGCUGAUUGCUUAAUUUCUUUGUUUUGUGGAAUCAAAUUCAUAGAAGAGCUUUGUAUAAGCCUUAAGUAAUCUCUUUAAUAUUUCUAACGCUUUUCGAUUAUGAAUCAUGUGGAUUUUUCCAUUGAUUACCAAUUUAAAUCCUUGUCAUAAAAGUGAUAAAUUCCAUGGCGGAGCCAUGUUGAAGACCAAGAGCACCAAGAUCUUUUAAAUUUUUUUCAGUAACAGUUUGUUCGUGAGAUAAUAUCAUACAUAAAUCAUGAUAAAUGAAGUUUUUUAUUAUUCAUUUUUUAUUUUAAUUUGUUCACCCAUUUAACAU